UAUUAAAUCGAUUCAAACAGUUCCUCCACUUCCAUAGUUACACUAUCCGUCAGAAAGUUUGAUAGUUUCUGUUGAUUUCAAGGAAAUAUUUAUCUUCAAAAUGACAGGUUUACCUAAACUACCAGGUCUUACCUUCACUGACCCAACAAUAACAAAUUUCAAGCUCAGCCAUACUUUAGAUACAUGUGCUGGUUACAGCCUGCCAAAAACAGAUUACGUCGGUAUAGGAGGUCGAGAGCUAGAAAUAAACACAGCGAAAUAUUUCACAAAGUCCGACCCUGUAAGAUAUGACCCGUCUCUGACUUAUGGAAGAACUAGGGCAGCAGCAUUGCCACAAUUCAUCCCUCAUUACGUACAUUACGAUGGAAAAUGCCUCACCUUUAAAGCCUUCUUCAAGCAGACUGUCGUGGAAUCACCAGACGAACAUUAUAGAAUCCGCCAAGUGAACCUCAUCUAUUUUUUGUCAGAUGAUACAAUAACAGUAAUUGAACCAAGGACACCGAAUGCUGGUAUGGACCAAGGGAAAUUAGUAAGGAGAGCAAGAAUACUGAAGAAUGAUAGAGGGGAUUACUGGACUUGGAAGGAUCUAGGAAUAGGAAAAGACAUAGCAAUACACGGCAUUGUGUACCAUACCGUAGACUGUGAUGUUUUCACGAAGGAAUAUUUAGCAAGUCAAGGUUUGAUUAUGGACGAUCCUGAAGAAAUGCCUUUCGAUCCAUAUACAAUGGAAAGAAUCUUGAAGAAACCCAUAACCACAACAAAGACACCACCUGCAGACAACAAGCUCCGAAGAUUUUUGGAGUAUGAUAGACAGAUUUUGAAAUUUAAUGCUGUUUGGGAUGACAGAGAUAGUGAACACGGGGAGUUGAGAAAGUUUGACAUUUUGUACUUCUUGGCUGAUGACACUAUUUGUGUCAAGGAACUUCAUAACAAAAAUGAUGGUAGAGACCCAUUUCCUCUGCUGUUGAGAAGAACAAAAAUACCUAAGAUAUACACAGAUAUACCAAUUAACUAUCCAGCCCUAUAUCUGGAGCUAUCUGACGCCGAGGUGACCGAGUUCUAUCAACCUGUAGAUCUCAAAGUAGGGGACACCAUUUUCAUCCUUGGGCGGAAGAUGUUACUCUACGACUGCGAUCCUUACACCAGAAACUAUUACAGACAAGCGCUCUGCAUCGAACAGAAAGCAGCAGUGCCGAUCGAAAAAGAAAAGCCUAAGCCUUUGGAGAAGCCUAUGCCACCUCAUAACGGUAUCGGAGGUCUUGAAGACUCCUUGCAGAAUACUUUGAGUUUCCUGCCGAAACCACCUAAGAAAGACGUUAUUAGGCAAAUAUCGAAUGCGAACAAAUUUUUGAGGUAUCAAAUGGUGAUGGAAAAUAUUCAUCCUGAAGACACUAUUCGUAAGUUCUUACUUCUUUACUCAUUGGGAGAUGGAACUUGUAAGAUUCACGAGCCUCCAAUACAUAACUCAGGCAUCAUUGGAGGAAAAUACCUCAGAGCGACCCAUCUGGUAAAGCCAGGAACCGAUCCUCUCGACCCAGCUUUUUACACACCAGGAGAUUUUUACAUUGGAGCAGUCAUUACCGUGUUUCAACAGAGAUUCGUCAUUACUGGUGCAGAUUUAUAUGUUUAUAGAUAUAUGCAAGGAAACCCCGAAAAGUUCCCUUGUUGUGUGAUAGAGAAUAUGAGAAAUUACAUGUUCAGUAAAGGUUACUUGAAGGAAGAUAUCAAGGAUCAAAUCCAAGAGAGUCUUGAGCAAGAAAAGAAAGAAGAAAGAGAUGCCAUAGGAAAAGAAAUGGAAGAACAAAAGACAAGUAUGGAAGUGUGCUAUGGAAUAAAAUCGCCAGUAGAUGUAGACUACGAACAACGGAAAAAAGCGGAACUGGCAGAAGCUUAUGAAAGGAGCCUGGAACACACUUAUAGGGUUCCACCACAUGGCAUUAUGACAACUGAAAAACCAUGUAAAAUCGACGUGAACAUAGGAAAGAUAGAAGAAGAAAUAUGUGAAGAAUCUGCAGAAGGAGAAGUUUACACGCCAAAACACAUCGACACGCCCGAAGAAAAAUUGGAAAAAUAUUAUUCUAAUAUUCUGAAGAAACACCAUAAUAUUUGUAAAAAGAGUGGACAAAUAGAAUGUCAAGAACCUAAAGAUAUAGAAAGCAACGAAAGACCUCCAAGGACAGGUCCCUUGAUGGUCAAUCCUCCAGAAUUGCCUCCUCAUCCGUGCAAUAUUAGGAAAGUCAGGUUUAAUGUCGAUAUGGAUCGUUGUGUUAGAGAUAGUGAGGAUCUUUGUGAUUUGAAAAGAGAAAAGACCACUUGCGACUGUAGUGAUUACAAAAAAAAUUGAAUUUUGGAAA